AUUAUAUAUAUGAAUCCCACAGUUUUUGAUCUCUUUGCUCAAAUCAAAGGAUUGUAUACAUGUAAAAUGAUAUAAGUUAUUGUAGAGUAAAACUUAGAAGAAUUCCAUCAACGAUUCAAAGGGGAUGAUGAAUUCAAAAAAAUUGCCAGACAAUCUAAAAUUUCUAAGAGUCAACUCGAUAGCUUGGAGGACAAGACAGCUUUGAUUAAUAAAUUAAAAAAAAUCAUUAAUGAAAGUAAAACAGCAAAUAAAGACGCAUUACUCUCUGCGAAGAAAUUUGAGAUAGCUUCUUAAGAAAAAGAAAAGGGUAUAUUUUUAAUUCUAAUAAAAAAGUGUUUAAUGAAAAUUCAAAAUUAAAGAAUUAAAUUAAAACCUUAGAGGCCUUCAGGAAUACUCAAACCAAUCAAUUAAACGAAUAUUAAGAAAAAUACAGCAAAGUAGUCGAAGAAGAAAAAUAAAAGAAAACAGAAUUAGUUGAAGGAUUCCAAUAAGAGAUCAAAGACAUCUCCACCAAAAUGGAAGAGGUUUCUAAUGCCAAACAUAAAAGUUAAGCUGAGAAUGAAGCUUUGAAAGAAAAAAUGAAAGAAAUUUAAGAACAUGUUGAAAAAAGAGAUAAAAUCUUUGAUGAAGAAUUGAAUAAAUUAGGUAAUAUUAAAUAAUACUUAUUUUAAAGAUUCAUAAAGAAAAGAAAGAGAAACCAAAAUAUUUGAAUAAAUCAAUAACAUAAGCUAAUCUCUGGGAACAACCGAUAAUUCAGAGGAUCUAUUAUAAAAAAUAAAAGAAGAAGAAGCAUUAGUAGAUGCUCAUUUGAAUCCACAUCUCUAAAAAGCAGAGGAAUUCUAAUAAGUUCUUGAGAAAACAAAUCAAUAAUUUGGUUUAUAUAAAAACGAAACAGAAAAAGUACUUUCCCAUUUUAUCUUUAGCUUGCACAAUAAUGCAGAAGUUUAGAUUAGAAAUCCUAAGCUUGUUAAAGAAAGUGCGAAAAGUCUGACAUUUACAUUGUAGAAUAAGCGAAAGAGGUAAUCAAUUAGUCUAAGUUUUAGUAUUAAAAACUAUAAGUUUAAUAUAAACAAAAAUAAGAGUAAAUAAAUUCAUUAUUAACAUUGAAAUCAACAUUACAAAGUGGAUUAUUAUGA